AUGUCCAACAUCGCCGAUUCCUACAAUGUGACCUUUUGCCAGGUAUGUAAUCCCAGCAACAUUCUCGAUCCAGCGAAAUCCAGCCAAGUCGAAGACUUGCUCGGCACGAUUUCUCGAGAAUUGGCGACCGAUAGGAAACUAAGACAACGUAUGGGAGCGGAGGAACCUUCCAUAUGGACUCCUCUGCGAGAUUCAUGGUCAGCCUUGGCCAACGCCCAACUGGGUGACAAUGGAGAGCGCAUCCACGGCCUGCGCCUGAACUUGGCCAAAUUCACUCGCAACCUCGCCGCUGAGGUGCCGCUUAAUCAACGGAAGGCUUAUGAGAUCGAGCCUGAUCUCCGUCGCCUUCUGCAUCUCUACACAUCAUACUAUGCUCUGCAAGAGGACAGAUCCUCUGCAAUUGCCCGUAUGCUAGGCCAGGCUCUAUGCAACAUUGUUACCGGCAACGAAGAACUGCUUAGCCGUCUGUGGAAAACCUACAUAGAGCUUCGAGAGGAAGAGAACGUCCUCAUACGACUCCUAGGGUCUCGUCGCCCGGAUGUCGUGGUGCCGGGCGAAGUUCUAGUCCUUAACUGUAUACUCGGGAGGCGGGACAGGGCGUCUAUGCUGAGGACGACGCCUCUCGGCCUGCGGAUAUCAGUGGUACUGCUUGACCAGUUGCGCGAAGUGUCCGACUCACAACCGGAAGAGAGCAGCCCGGUAUUCGAUAUAGGGUCGGUGGCCUCUAUCCCGCCCGAAUUUGGUUUAAUUAAGCUGCUCUGCUUCAGAUACAGCAUUUUCAAGAACCUCAUCGAAUGCGGUGAAAUGCCGCCACUUUACGCAAGUCUCACCGUGCAGGACGAAAUAGUCACCCCACACCAGACAACCCUCCUGAAGCUGUUGGAUGCUUACUUGCAAUCUUCCACGGGGGUACAGAGUGUGUGGCUCCACAGGCAUCUGACACCUCUACUUCUGUCUACCUUCUCUGCCCUUUCCGAUUACACCCAAAAUGCGGUCCGCAAAGCCCUUGGCCCUACGACCGGGAUAGCAUCUGCCAGCGAAGCAAGUGUGUCGAGAUAUGCGGCCCCCGUAUCACCGACUUCGUCUGAACACGGCCAUCAAGAGUCCUUUCGGCUCGCACAGCAAACCCCCCUUCAAGAGUUAGACCUUCUUCUUCCCAAAGUAUCGGAGGCCUUGGUUCUUGUAUCGCAGUGUUUAAUUACAGUUACUUUGGCCGCUUCAACCAGCUCCAACUAUCCUAACGACGAUCGAAAUAACAUUUUAACCCAGGCGCGGGAACCGGCAACUAUCAAGACUCUCAUCGAGACGCUACGCCUCCUCGAUUUAUUCCUUCCAAGAAUAAAUUUCGGCGCACCCGCAGUGUCGCCUUCCACCAGUCAAGUAGCACAUGACCCUCAGUCUCCCGGAUUUAAAUAUGUCAAACGAGAUCUAGUCCGCUUGCUGGGGAUCCUUUCCCAUGAAUCACGGGCAGUGCAAGACACCGUCCGGACAAGCGGCGGCAUACCGGUUGUAAUGAACAUGUGCGUAAUCGACGAGCGGAAUCCUUUCUUGCGGGAACAUGCUAUUCUCUGCAUGCGCAACCUCUUGCGCGGCAAUCCUGAGAAUCAAGCGGUGGUCAAUGAAAUCCAGCCGCUCGCAAUGCCAGAUCAGUAUGGGCCGAUUGACUCCUAGCAGGGUUGUUGUACAUCUCCUGUAAUUAGGGUGUAGUGGGGAUUGUCCUAGCAGUGCAGCAAUGUCGCACCUUCCAUCCUCGGGGGCUUGGUUUCGUAAUCAGCCUCCAUUUAUCAGUAUAGAUAUAGCAAAGGUCUGAU